UACUCCCCACCUCGCGGAACGAUGAUUCCAUGGUAACCAGGGUGGGUUCGUAGCGACAACAGACGUCGUUUGUUCGUUCGAAGAGACUGUUAGAGUCUCCGGAGUCUGACUAUCGUAACGUGUGCAAUUUUCGUCUUUUUUCGUGUUUUCGUGAAAUGUGUUUCGUUACAUUCAGUUGGAGAAACCAGUCUGCUGUAACCUCAUUCCUUUGGUAAAAUUUGUCACGCAUGUUGAGUGAAACGUAAACAAAACAAUAGAGCAGUGCCUAUCUUCUGAUCGUCUGAAAAGAGAAACUUCAUUGUUGAGUGUUGGGCUCGCAUCCGCGACCCAGAACAUCAGCAGAGGUGGCGUGGGGUACUGCAGUGAUGGAAUUGCAGAGCUGGCUGCUCUAUCAUCUGGUAGCCGUAACCGACUGCAACCAAGUUACUUUUGCCUGAGUUUCAACUGUACUCACAGAACGCUACCGCUUCUUUAUUUCAUUUACAAUUCCGUUAUCGCCUAGAGGAAACAGCGGUUCACCGAUGUUCGAUGAUUUAGAUGUUACAGUGAAUUCCUGUCUUCUCGUUGAAUUAUCAUUUGGCGCAUAUCUCAUCAAACAGCUGCAUAGUGUGCCUAAAUUUUUAGUGAUGCAGUCGGCGACUACACUGAACGGCGGAUCUUAUCCCGCUGGUGGCACCGGAAGUCGUGCCCGCGAUUUAGGGCUACGCGCUCAGAAGAAACUUUUGGGCAGGGUUGUAUCUACAGGAGCAGGGAGAUCGCUCUUGAUAGACGAUGCAACCACGUCGCUAUUAGACAAUCUUUACAAGCUCAUGGAGAGAGCUGCAAAGACUAAUCCUACUUUGGACAAAAAGCAACCAGAAAAAGUUUUGAAAAACAUCGUUAAAUUGUCUAUUAAGGUGGCAUUGCUCCAACGCAAUCAACAAUUAUACGCCACUGAUGACGCGAAGCUCGCCGAAAUAAGAAUUGCUCUGAGAGCUGUAGCGAUGUCCGUAGUUUCGUUUUACGAGCUAGAAUUCAGUUUCGAUAGAGCUUAUUUAAUCAAAUCUCUGGAGCGUUGUAGAACAGCGAUACAGUCUCUCAUAAAGCCACAUCUCACAGAUAAAUCUCAGGACCGCUGUGACCAAAUGUUCGACUUUUUAACGCAUUCCGAUUUUUUGGACUCUGUGUUCAGACAGGACUCUGAGCACAGACCUAUUUUAGGCAUGCUAGUUAGCGAUAUAAAUAAGGCCUUAGAUGCUGGGCAUCUUUGAUUUUUUUUAUUAACAUAACCUCACGAUCAUACUGAAAAGAAUGGAUGGAAAAUCCUAAACUUGCUGAUGUAUUAUUAUGAUUAUGAAAGGUUUAAAAGUGAUCUUUCUCGAAUACAACUUUAGAGGACGAUAUCACGGAACAGUUACUUAUAAUUGCCUGUAAAAAAAAAUAACAAUAUGUUGUCGGUACGAGGAAACGGUUCAGACAUAACAUUCCUCGU